CAGCGAUUUGGCGAGCCUGGUUUUAUGAAAGCCUCCUAUGAUAUCGAAUCCUCUCGUCUUCCACGUGUUGGGGAGAGAAAGUAAGUGACAUUGCUGCAAGAAGAGAUUUUUAGAGGUAAAAUUGGGACUUGUGAAGCGGAAAGGUGUGGGUUUUGGGCUUGGAUUCCGAAUUCGACGGUUUCGCCUUCAGAGGAAACGGAAGCGAAUUCGGUGAUUUCCGGUUUGUGGAGAGCGAGUAGUGGCCAUUAAAGGCGAGAUGACAGAACGGCUGGUUGCUCGAGUAGGAUAAUAGCAGAAACCGGAGCUUCGUUCGGUUGUUAAGCAGAGAGGGCAAAGAUCGCGGGAGAUCUGAGAGGAAGGUUGAUUGUGGCUUCUUGUUUUUUUGGGAAAUUGAUGGUCUUGUUGAGCAUUUGAGAAGGAUGGUGGGAGAUGUUUUGUACGAGGAGCUAUGGAGGGCUUGCGCGGGUCCGUUGGUCGAGAUACCUCGCGUUGAUGAGAGGGUUUAUUAUUUUGCUCAAGGUCACAUGGAGCAGUUAGAAGCAUCGACAAAUCAGGAGUUGGAUCAGCGUAUUCCACUCUUCAAUCUUCCUUCAGGAAGAUCCAAGAUUCUUUGUCGCGUUCUAUACGUAGAGCUCAAGGCUGAGCAUGAAACAGACGAGGUUUAUGCACAGAUCACGUUGCUUCCAGAGGCAGAUCAAAACGAGCUCACUACACCAGACCCCUCUCUCCCAGAACCAAAGAGGCCGGUGGUCAAUUCGUUCUCCAAAAUUCUGACUGCCUCUGAUACUAGCACACAUGGUGGAUUCUCGGUUCUCCGUCGCCAUGCCAAUGAGUGCCUUCCCCCACUGGAUAUGUCACAGCCAACUCCAACCCAGGAGCUAUCUGCCAAAGACCUUCAUGGCUAUGAAUGGCGAUUCAAACACAUUUUUAGAGGACAACCUCGAAGGCAUUUGCUCACGACAGGAUGGAGUACCUUUGUCACUUCUAAGAGAUUAGUAGCUGGCGAUGCAUUUGUUUUCUUAAGAGGAGAGAAUGGAGAAUUGAGAGUAGGUGUUAAGCGAGCUUCUCGACAGCAUAGCACAAUUCCAUCAUCUGUGAUCUCUAGUCAAAGCAUGCAUCUUGGAGUGCUUGCUACAGCAUCACAUGCUGUGACAACCCAAACCUUGUUCACUGUGUGUUACAAACCAAGAGUUAGUCAAUUCAUUGUUGGUGUGAACAAAUAUUUGGAAGCUAUGAAUAAUAAGUUUUCCCUGGGAAUGAGAUUUAUGAUGAGAUUUGAAGGAGAAGAUACUCCAGAAAAGAGGUACAAUGGAACUAUUGUUGGUGUUGGAGACUUGUCUUCACAGUGGGAAGGUUCGAAGUGGAGACAACUAAAGGUUCAAUGGGAUGAACAAACCAAUAUUCUGCGACCUGACAGGGUUUCUCCAUGGGAAAUUGAACCUUUCAACCCCUUAACGUCUACUGUCAGCGUACCUCAGCCUCUGUCUGCCAAGAGCAAAAGACCCAGGCCAUCUUCUGACUUCUUAGAUCCCCUACUUCCAGAGGCCUCUUCACGUUUUUGGUACUCAGCAAGCACUCGCACAUGCGAUUUAGGUCCCCUAACCACACCAGUUAUCUGGCCAUCAAAACCCAAGGCGGAUAAGGGGAGUAUCAUAAUCAAAACACCCAAUUUUCACAGCAGUGAUAGAUGGUUGAAGGAGCACCAUUCUUCUUUCUCGAGUUUGACAUCACCUUACAACGAAGCUUCCCUGAAGUUAUUUCAGGAAUCAGCUCAGGAGACCAAGCUUACCGUUCCUAACAUACACUCAAUACCCGGCCACAUAGUUGAGGAUCCAAACUCAAAAGUUUCUAUGGCGACAGAGAAAUCUGAAAAUUGCUGUGCCUACGUGUUUGGAAUCAAUCUGGGUAAUCUCAUCAAUCCUUCAACAUCCUCCAUUGACAAGAAACCUGAAGCUGCAGCUGUGGAGCAACCUCAAGUUCAAAAAACUUGUGUGGAGGAUUCGGAUCAACUCUCUGAACUAUCGAAAACUUCAAAGAGUUCAAAGCAAGUGGUUCAGGUUUCUCAGAAGGAGAUCCAGAGCAGGACAAGCAGUGCUACCAGAACCCGGAUUAAGGUUCACAUGCAUGGAGUUGCUGUUGGUAGAGCUGUGGACCUCAUGAACCUUGGAGGGUAUGAGGACCUGAUAUCAGAACUAGAAAAGAUGUUUGAGAUCAGUGGAGAGCUUUGCCAGAGGGAAAAAUGGGAACUUGUUUUCACUGAUGACGAGGGUGAUAUGAUGCUUGUUGGUGAUGAUCCAUGGCUGGAAUUCUGUGACAUGGUGAGAAAGAUAUACAUUUAUCCAAGUGAAGAGGUAAAGAAACUGAAUCCAAGGAGCAAACUUCCUGCCCACCGCACCAUAAUCUGAAGCUGAAGAACUGGAACCUAACUGAAGAUGGGUUCUAUUUUACUGGAUCUCAUUUUUCUUCUUUAGAGCAUUAAAAAAAAUUGAAUUUUGAGUCGUUAGGUAAAUUUUUUUUCGGUUUAUUAAGCAUUAAUAAACCAUUAACAUUUGCAUCAGCUUUUUUGUUCUGUAACAGCAUUCACACCCAUCUUCUUUUGUACAUAUGUGAAGUUGAUAUGAAUAAAAAUCAAUGUUGUUCUGCGUCAUUUUUUGUA